UGGACCGGUGGAAGCUGGAGGUAAUAGUGCCCACCAAUCUGCCAUGUCGGUGAAGAUUUGUUUAGAAAUAGGUCAUGUGGCCUCGGUCAAGAGUAGACCAACCGCGGAAGGAUAUACGCACGACUGGGAGCUAUUUGUGCGCGGACUGGACGGUACCGACAUAAGCCAUUUUGUGGACAAAGUUAUCUUCAAUCUACACGAAUCCUUCCCAAAACCGAAACGAGUUUUUAAAGAACCACCCUACCUGGUGAAAGAAGCCGGCUAUGCUGGUUUCAUCCUGCCGGUAGAAAUUUACUUCAAAAACCGAGAUGAUCCAAAAAAGACAGUUUACAACUACGAUCUUGACCUGCAGCCGGCAAAACAUCAGCGGGAAGAGUACGUGUUUCACCAUCCGUCGGACGAGUUCCGGCGAAAGUUGCUGAAGGGUGGUGGAGUGAUUAUAUCGGGCAGUAGCACCGGUUCCGGGUCCGGAGGUAACAGUGUUAGUAAUGAGUAUAAAAGCAGUCGCGGUCAUAGUGGUGGUAGUAGCAGUGGCCCAGCCGAACGAUCAUCCAGUAGUGGCGGUGGUGGUGGUGGUGGAUCAUCGCAGGACAAAAAGUCCAAAUCGAAAACAUCCUCCUCAUCGGUCGACGAUACGAAAGGGCAGUUUGCUGAACUGUUUGGAUCACCGUUCCCGCAUAAGUCGAGCGGCGGAAGCAGCAGUAAGGUGUCACCUGAUCCGAAACAAUCGUCCAACAGCAAGUCAUCGCCGGUGGGAACCGGCAGUGGUGGCAAAGCGCCUUCGAGUCAAAAAUCAUCUUCCGACACAAGGGCGUCGCUUCCCAACUCUUCCAACAGCACCUCAUCGAUGUCCACAUCCUCCAACGUUUCGAAGGAAAAGGACAAAUCUUCCUCCUCAUCAAAGCACAAACAUUCGAGCCCAAAUAAGGAAGGCAAAAAAUCGGUAUCCGCGGCAAGCGGUGGACCGGUAAUGGAGGAAAAGACACACAGUAAAGAUAAAAAGGACAAAAGCCAUUCGAAAGAGCGUGACAAAGGUGGUAGCAGGGAGAAGAGUGCAGUAAACAGUAGUAGUACUAGUAGCAAUUCCGGAACCGGUGGUAGUAACAAUCAACUUUCCGGUGCAAACGCUAUCUCCUCGGCAUCAUCGAUGAAGCGACCGGUAACGGCCAGUCCAAAGAGGUCCAGCACUAGCAGCACAAAUAGCAAUACUAGCAUAAGCAACAACAGUAGCAAUUCUACAGUUCCUAAUAAUAGUGGUAGCAGUAGUAGUAGUGGUGUUUCUACCGGAUCCGGAUCAACUAGCGCUCAGUCCGGCGUGGGUGGUAAAAGCUCCGACAGCAAACGAAGCACUAGCGAGAAAGAGAAAAAGAGUAGUAAAAAGGAGAAGAAAAGCUACGAAAAGGAUAAGGAACGAGCUACCGAUUCCAGUUCUACUUCCAAUGUGCGGAAGGCUGAUCGAAGCGUCGAACCAGCACAAAAGUCCCAAACGAACUCCGCUUCGUUUGUUUCCGGUUCCGCACUGUCGAAAGGUGAUGCUCUCCCACCGGGAAGUACGAAAUCAUCCUCUUCUUCCAUCUCUGGAAACAAGACUGGGUCCAACAAUACCCCGACAUCAGCGCUGGAUGGUGUCAAAGAUGGCGGGUCAGGCAAGGCGUCCAUCACGUCCACCGGUUCAAGUCGUGAGCAGCCUUCAUCAAAUGCGGCUGGUAUUGGGUACACGAAGGACAAAAAAAUGCAUCAAAAUGAUACAAACGCUAGCUCGAAACCGGAUUCUGCUGGUGCGCUAUCAAUAACAACAUCGGCAAAAGGACCCGAAAAGAUGGACAAAAUGGACCGGGAAAAGGAUGAAGCACGAAAGCACAAGCAUAAGAAAAAAGACAAAACGAAGGAUAAGGAAAAGGAUCGAACUUCGGUCGGGAAGGAUAAGAAAGAUAGGAAAGACAAGGAAAAACCUGCCGGUGGUGAUACUGGCCCCGGAAAAGGGGCCUAUUCGACAUCGGCGCGAGAUCUCGGUGACACGGUUUCGGGAAAGAGUAAAUCCCAUAUCGCUAGCGAUUCGUCGGUGAAGCCGAGUGGACACGACCGAGAGAAGAGUUCUUCCACCGGGCAUCUUUUCUCCGGAUCGUCUUCAGCAGGACGGCUUGGUGGUGUACAGCAAGUAGCGAAAUCGAGUACACCAAUCGAGCCCCCAGCCGGAACGGCGGGCAGUGGCGAAGAGAAUUCGAACGAUUCGGAUACAGUUACAGGUGCUGGUGGUGGUGGAGAUACUAGUCGCACCACUCCCUCCGUGUUGCCGAACGAAAAGGAUUCGGAAGCGUCGAACAGCAGUAUCGCCGAUUUGUUGCCGGCUGGUGGUGCGCCCCAUCAGCAAAGACCACCGUCGGCCACCUCGUCCGGCACGACCGGAUCAAGUGGCGCACGAACUAUAGCUGAAUCGGGCGAAAAGUAUCACCAUCAUAAGGGUAAAAAGGAUAAAACAUCGAAAGCGACAAGCGCCAUUGCAACGCCACCGGUUGAUAAGAAAGACCACAGUUCCAACAGUGGUGAACCAAUCAAACGACGGAAGCGAAAAAAUAAGGACGCAGAUGGGGAUAAAUCAAAAGAUGCUGGAUUGACGGAGCCGCCUACCAACACAAUGACGCCGACGGCGACAACGGGCUUUUCCUCGAGGCACAGCCCUUCGCCUCCUUCACCACCCGCAUCCUCCAACAGUUUAAUGGAGCCACCGUCGAAAAUACCAAAGAAGGACGAAUCAGUAGGUGGUGGAACCGGUAAAGGCACGUCCCAAGACUCGCUGGUGGAACACACGAUGAACAACAACAAUAAUAAUAACAACAACUUCAAGCAAUCAAUCGGCGGCGGUGGUGGCGGUUCUGCACCGGAUGAUAACGGUGCCAGCUCGUGCCAGCAAGGUGUUGUUGGUGGCACCACGGGCAAUAAUCUCAGCGGAAGCAGUAUUGGCGGUGGUUCCGGUGGUGUCUCGUUGACCGGUGACUACAUGCUAGAGCUGAAAGAUCUGCAACAGAAAAUUAUGACCCUGCAGGACAACACGGAAUUGCAGCGAGUGGUUGAGAUGAUUGCUGCGACUGGUUGCUAUGAAAUAACGAGUGCAACGUUCGAUUUCGAUCUGUGUGCGCUGGACCUUAUGACGGUGCGACGGUUGCAGAACUUUUUCGCUACCACCUGACAAUAGACCGGCAUAGAAA